UUGUCAGUCUCUCCAUAUCGCUACAUAGCAUGGAACCUCGCCCUAUGAAGGUACUAUCUCCCCCUUCUUCGGCCCAAGCAAAGCACGGGAACCAUGGCUCGCCCACGAGUCCGUCAUCUCAGGAGCGCCUUACAUGUUCGGCCUCCAUCUUCCCCGCAAUCGGUCAAUGUCAUUACCUCGCAGACCCUUACCCUCAGCGCUCAGGGCCGUGGUAUCGUAAUUCGGGGCAGAGAGUCCUUCGCUUUCUACCGUGACCGUCAGCCAUUCUUCCCUGGACUGGGCCGACGUCCGUUUUGUAUAUCUACUGUAGCCAGCUCGAGCCAACCUCCUCAGCCCCAGCAUCCCGUCCCAAUCCCUCCACUCUUCCGAAACCUACCGCACAACAUGGCGCUUGGUCUAUUCGAUGUGGUGACUCUUGCCGACGCGCAACACCUCGCUUCGCGUGCCUUGCCCAUUGCGCCCGAUGGUCGUUACGACCCGGAGGCUCAGCCUAUUACGAGCACAACCAGAAGCGACCCUCACUCAGAUUUGUACAAAGUCGCUUCCAGCGUUAAGGAUAGCUUGAAGCUGGUCACUCCUGCUGUCACAGAGCUAUUCGAUCCGACGACCUAUCAAGCACUCGUUGACUCGGUCAUUCACUCGAACUCUCUAGAUGAUCGCAAGAAGCUGUUCACAAAAACUCUGUAUAUCUUGUGCUGGCUCCCUCAAGGCUCACCGGAGUCCAUCGCGAUGAACAAUCAAGUAAUCACUCUGCUUUACAACACCCUACCCCACCCUCCGGUGACGUAUAUCGGGACGGACUAUCCUGCUGCGACCCCUACGCCGGCCGUCCCAGCACCUGGAUUGCAAAGCGCGAUUACCCCUCAGCGCCUCCCGUUCACUUUCCGCACUGCAGAUGGGAGUGGAAACAACGUGAACUUGCCCAAUCUUGGCAAAGCCGGAACUCCUUACGCCAGGAGUGUGCAGAGCAAGUACCCCCUCCCAUCGAGCACGCUGCCCGACCCGGGCGAUGUCUUCGACUCGCUCUUGAAAGCGCGUGACUUCCAAAACCAUCCGGGAGGCAACUCUUCGCUGACGUUUGCAUAUGCCUCGCUGGUCACGCACAUGCUAUUCCGCACGGACCCCAGGGAUAUGACCAAGAACAACACGUCUUCGUACCUUGACCUGUCGAUCUUGUACGGCACCAAUCAGAAGGAGCAGGACUCCGUGCGUGACAAGGAACAGGGUCGCGGCCUCCUCUAUCCCGAUGCCUUUGCUGAGGAAAGGCUCAUUUUCGUUCCCCCCGCUGCCACCGCGUUGCUCGUCCUCUUCAGCCGCAACCACAACUACAUUGCAGAGAUGCUGUUGAAGUUGAACGAGCGUGGACGCUGGACGGAUCCUCCACCGACUGACCCCGAUGCCCGCGCCCGUCAAGACGAAGAGAUCUUCCAGACCGCUCGCCUUGUCAACUGCGGGAACUUCAUGGCUAUGAUCUUUGGCGACUAUGUUGCGGGCUUCCUCGGUCUGGGCCGUGACGGCUGCACGUGGAGCAUGAAUCCUUUCGAUCCUAUCAAGACUCCCGAUGGUCAGGUCGUCGGUCGCGGCGAUGGCAACCAGUGCUCUGUAGAGUUUAAUGUCCUCUAUCGUUGGCACGCGACAACGGCGGCGGCGGACAUCAAGUGGACGGAAGACAUCUUCAACAAUGCCUUCAAGGGUGUCAACAAGCCCCUCGACAGGCUGGAGCUUUCGGACUUCAUCCCCGCCGUCUUGAACACCUGGAAGCAGGUCGACCCCGACCCGCGCACUCGCACCUUCGCGGGUCUCAAGCGUACGAACGGCCGGUUCAGCGAUGACGACCUGGCCAAGAUCCUCCAGGAUGCCACCGAGAAGCAGGCAGGCGCGUACCGUGCGCGCGGCUCGCCCGCAUGCCUGCGUGUCGUAGAGAUCCUGGGUAUGGUGCAGGCACGGCAGUGGGGUGUCUGCACGAUGAAUGAGUUCCGCGAAUUCUUGGGCCUGAAGCGGUUCGAUACGUUCGAGGAGUGGAACUCUGAUCCUGAGAUUGCGAACGCCGCUCGCCAGCUCUACGGGCACAUUGAUAAUCUGGAACUCUAUCCAGGUCUCCAGGCUGAGGAAAUCAUGGGCUUGGGUCCAGCUUCAGGUCUCUGCUGCGGUUACACAAUGACGCGCGCGAUCCUGAGCGACGCCAUCGCCCUCGUUCGCGGGGACCGCUUCUACACCACCGACUAUACACCUGCCAACCUCACCGCGUGGGGCUUCCAGGACUGCGCGCGUGACCCCGACAAUGGCGCGUUCGGUGCGGCGCUCCCCAGGCUGCUGUUCCGACACCUUCCAAGGCACUACCCUGGGAACAGCGCCUAUGCCCUAUUCCCCUUCUUCACUCCGCAAGUCACCAAGCAGAACUUGACGAAGCUCCACCUCGUCGACCAGUACGACUUCCAACGACCUGUUCCUCAGCCGGUGGACAAGAUUGUGGACACCGUUUCUGAUAUCAGCAAGAUCUUGAAGGACCCGGCUCACUACCCCACGGUUGAGAGCAAGGUCUUUGAGUCCACUGCGAGCAAAUUCUCCGUUGUCGCGGAUGUUGGCGACGCACGCAAGCUCGCGCUUACCCAGGCGUUGUUCCCGACUCAGGAUGCUCUCAAAUCCCAUGUGCAGUGGAUCGGCCAGACAGUGCAAAAGCUGAUCAAGCAGCACUCGCUCGACAUCGACGGCCUUCCUGGCUCACGUCUUGACAUCGUCGGCAAUGUUGUUAACCUCGCGCCAAUCUACUGGGUUUCUGAAUUCAUCCUUGGUAUCCCGCUGAAGACGGCCGACAAGAAGGAUGGCUUGCUCACGCCUGUAGAAGUGCACGACAUGUUGAAGCUAGUCUUCACUGCCGUCUACUUCAACUCCUUGCCGGAGAACAACUGGUCUAUCAGCAGGCGUGCAUCCUACUUCGCCCAAAUCCUCUCCCAGUUCAUCGAGAAGGCUCUCAGCGAUGCCGUUCCUGGACUCGGUAUCAAGACGAUCUCAGCAUUCCUGUUCCAAUCUCAUGAGCCUUCGCACGACUUCCUCAAGACGAUUUCUCAGUCGAAGGCCCCGCAUCAGCAGCUCGUCGCGGAUAUCCUAGGUUUCGCCGUGGCCUCGUCCGUCAGCAUGGCGAAGACGGCGGCCCAAAUCGUGGACUUCUACUUGGACGCUGAUCGCGCCACAGAGCUGGCGGAGGUUGUGAAACUCUCGAAAGCGCAGGACGCCGCCAGUCACGAGUUGCUGAAGGGAUACGUCAGAGAAGCCCAGCGAUUGAACCCCCAGUUCGCCGCCGUUUUACGUGAGGAUGCCGUCUCCAGCACACCCCCUGGCCAGCCGAAGCAGACGUUGGUGCUCGACCUCAAGAAGGCGCUCGUGAACCCCAACGAUUUCCCCGAUCCAUUGACGAUCAACCCUCGCCGGUCUGCACAGGCCUACGAAGUCCUGCAGGCUGCCAGUUUCUAUAGGUGCCUGGGCAGCUCCCAAGCUGAAGAGAUUGUCGUGGAGAUCGUGAAGAACGUCUUCCAGCUCCCGAACCUGCAGCGUGUCAAGGGACCUGCUGGUACGAUCAGCAAGCUGCAGACGCAGAAGUUUGGGGUCGACUUCGACAUGUAUACGGACCAUGUUGGGCUUCCGGGCUACUGGCCUGACUCUCUCCAAGUUACGUAUGGAGCGUGAAACAUGAUGGGCUAGCGCUACACGCAUGGUCUGGAAUUCGGAAAUGGCUGUCACGAACGGAUCUACGAAUGCUUGUAUAUCAUCUCCCAGGUAGUGGAUCUAGGGGUUGUUGUAAAGGUUUUGAGCACGUUGUGUCCUAGGAUGAGAUGAACAAUGAUAUGAUUUCU